GACAAUUAAUUCUGAUUACAAACAAACCAACAAUCAAAACAAAUAGGUGCACUUUUGAAAUAUCUUGUAAACCUGCAAGAAAUGAUGCGAAAUGAAACCAGAAUUUUAUCCGAUAAGGACCAAGAAGUGUCUUUCAGUUCUUAUGUGCAAAUGGAUGAUUUAUUAGACAAGCUAAAAUUGUUAAACUAUGAGUCUGAAUUUUUAAGUGGCCUUAAAAUUAAACCAAUACACAAAUACUACUUCAUAGUAACCAAAAAUCCAGGGGAACAAUUUUAUCUGUUUUCGUUAUUAGCUGCAUGGCUGAUUAGGAAAAAUGGAAAACCAUUUGAAAAUCCUCAGGAAUUUGAUGACCCCAAUGAGACUAUUGAUAGGAUUAUAAAUGAAGUGAAACAAAAUGGCAUGACAGUUGAUUUUUCUCCCAAUAAACUGAAACAAGGUGUUGGUGAAUAUGUGGUGGCAAUACUUGACUACUUAACAAAUAUAGCACUUACUAAAAACAACAUUAUACUUAAAAGACCAAAACCACCCGAAGAGAAAGAGGAGGAAGCUGAAGUUUUAGAUGACGAAUCUGAAAUAAAUCUAGACAGAAUCGAGGAGGAGAUGAUAGCUGCAUAUUCAGAUGAUUCUGAUGAAGAAAAUAUAUUUCGCUUAGACGAACUAAAACCGACAAAGAAAGAAAUACAAGUUACAGAAUUAAAGUCGAACGUUGACGAAGAAACUUGGAAAUUGGAAGUGGAAAGAGUUUUACCGAUGCUAAAAGUAACUGUCAAAAAUGACAGCAGAGACUGGAGAUCGCACCUAGAACAAAUGAAACAACACCAAUCUACCAUCGAUAAUACAUUCGGUACUGCUAAAGGUCAAUUAGAAAAAUUACACAAAGAAAUAACAUCCACUCUUGAUAAAGUGAAUAAUAGAGAGAAAUAUUUUAACAGAGAAUUAGAAAGCGUUCUGGAAGAGUAUCGUAGUCUACAAGACCAGCUGUCAAAAUUGAAGGAUGCAUACAAAAAUGUAAGCACAGGAGUUGCGGAAAGAAACAGAGAACUUCACAAGUUGACAGAAAAAUUAGAAACGGUUAAACAACAAAUGGAGGAGAGAGGAAGUUCUAUGACUGAUGGAACUCCUCUGGUCAACAUAAAGAAAUCUGUUGCUAAAGUAAAAUCAGAAAUCAUAGACAUGGACGUUAGAAUUGGAGUCCUGGAGUGUGUACUUCUACAGACAAAGUUAAGAGAAGAAAAGCAAAUCGAGAAUGAGUUUGGACAGUCUAUUUCAGUUUUUUAAAUUAGUUUUAUAUUUAGUACGUUCUAGUCAAAAAGACUGCACUUAAUUUAUUGAUUGUUGUUAAAUCACUUUGUUUAAUAAAUAACUGUUAGUUA